AUGCACAAAGAGGCGGCCCUGAUUCGGGGCAAUAUGACCAAAAAGCAGUACCAGGUGCCGGUCAAGAUGGCCGAAAAGGAAAAGGUCCUGGUGCCGGUCCAGAUGCACAAAGAGGAGGACGUGGUGCCGGUCAAGAUGACCGACAAGGAGGACCUGGUGCCGUUAAAGAUGCACAAAGAGGCGGCCCUGUUGCCAGUCAAGAUGACCAAAGAGGCAGCCCUGGUGCCGGUCAAGAUACACAAAGAGGCGGUCCUAGUGCAGAUCUAGAAGAACAAAGGCGAGGUCGUACUGGGCCCGGUACUGGCCAAAAGGAUCGACCUGGUGCGGGAAAAUAUGAUAGUCCGGGUGCUGGUCAGACUGGUGAGCCUGGUGAGCCUGGUGCAGGCAAGGAUGGUGGUCCGACUACUGGUCAGGGAGGGGAACCUGAUGAUGGUAAAAGAACAGGGCCUAUUGCUGGCAUGGAAGGAAGCCCAGCUACAGUUCGUGAAGGCGGACCUAAUGCUACUAGAAAAGACGGGUCGGAUGUAGGCAUGGGCGGUGGGCCAGCUGAUGGUCGUCAAGGUGGGCCAGAUGCUAGUAGAAAAGGAGGACCCGGUACAGAAGAGAUGACGGUGCAGGCAGGGAUGGCGUUCCAGGUGUAA